AUGGAGCAAAACAUUGAGGAUUACAAGCUGAUAUUUGAAAAAGAGGGAGUAUACCUCCACACAAAUGCUAAGAGAAGUAACCAGGACACCAAUCCCGGGUUCAUCCGUAUUGUGGAGAGGGCCGGUGUGCCAGCUUUAGAGUGGAGCCCACUUGAAGAUGAGGGUCGCAGUGCCCCUGCUGUACUCUACACCAAAAAGGAUGGAGAAGGAGCGGAGGAAGAUGCAAACUAUGACCCUGGUUAUGAGCCUGACUGGGCAGUUAUCAGCACCGUGAAGAAAGAUCGAGAACAUGUCCCAGUGAAAGACUCAGGUCAAUGGUCCUUCUCUCUGCCUCUGUCAGAGUUAUACUCUCUACGGAGGGCUCGGUUCUCCUUGGGGAGAAACUUCUUGGUGUUGACAAGUAGAGGGGGCCACCCUCUUCCUCCCCUGCACUUCCACAGAGGAGGAACCAGGGAGCUGUUUAGAGCCAUGAACCGUUACAUCAUCCUGGACCAGUCACCGGUCGACGGGAGGCUCUUCCUCGCCUACCCUCAUGACCCAGGCGCUCUCUCUCAGUCCUUCGAAAAGCUGCAGCUUUUCGACGAUGGAUCUGAUCUUGUUUCGAGAUUCAUUCAGGACCCGUAUGCCACUACAUUUGGUGGAUUCUCCAAAGUCACAAAUUUCUUCAAGGUGGCACUACGACCUCCAGGGCCAACCCCCCAUUCCCGUGCUGCCCAUGAUCCCAAUUUUCCACCCCAGUCCGACGAAGAGCCCGGCUUCGAGCUUAUCAACUGUGGGGUGGAGCUUGGACCCAGACCAGACGUUACCAGGGGACGACCACUGGACAAAUGGGAUGAGUUUCUGGACCCAGAGGGGCGAGUGAAGAACCCAGAGAGGAUCAAAGAGAUAGUAUUCAGAGGGGGUGUCACACCGUCCCUGAGGAAGGAGGUAUGGAAGUUUCUCCUGGGCUUUUAUCCAUGGAACAGCACUUACAAGGAAAGAGAAAACAUUCUUCGGGUCAAAACCGACGAGUACUUCAGAAUGAAGGUGCAGUGGAAGUCAGUCAGUGAAGAGCAAGAGAUGAGGAACUCCCUCCUCAAAGGAUACAGAAGCCUGAUAGAGAGAGACGUCAGCAGGACAGACAGAAACAAUACGUUCUUCUCUGGUAACGACAAUCCAGGCCUGACUCUGCUGAAUGAUGUGCUGAUGACUUACUGCAUGUUCAACUUCGAUCUUGGUUAUGUCCAGGGGAUGAGUGACCUGCUUUCUCCUCUGCUGUUCGUCACACAGAACGAGGUGGAGUCCUUCUGGUGUCUGACAGGCUUCAUGGAGCUGCUGCACCAAAACUUUGAAGAGUCCCAGGAGGCCAUGAAGCAGCAGCUCCUUCAGCUCAGUAUCCUGCUGAAGGCUCUGGACCCCGAGCUAUGUGACUUCCUGGACUCUCAGGACAGCGGCUCUCUUUGCUUCUGUUUCCGCUGGCUGCUCAUCUGGUUUAAGAGAGAGUUUUCCUUCGAGGACAUCCUCACCAUGUGGGAGGUCCUCUGGACUCGUCUGCCAUGUGACAACUUUCACCUGCUGAUCGCUUGUUCAAUCCUGCAGUCCCAGAGAGGCGAACUGAUUGGCUCAGACCACGACUUUAACACUAUUCUAAAGCACAUUAAUGAGUUGACGAUGAAGUUGGACCUGCAGACGGUUCUGCGAGGAGCAGAGGCUAUCUACCUGCAGCUGACUCAGUGCAAGGAGCUUCCCGUGAAGGUGCAGCAGGUUAUGGGUCUCUACGUCGCCUCCAGCUCUGAGGAGGACAGCCCAGACUCCCAGGCCAGCGAGACACUGCGCCUCCUGGCAGAGUCCCAGGCAGGAGCUGCUUCGUGUGAUUCAGCAUACGUCCCCACCUAUCCUUAAAUGUGCAGGUCAGCUGGAAGACUUAUAGUCACUAAGAAAUGUAUGGACGAUCUUUAUAUAUGAAAACAAAAAAAUGUAUAGAUAUAUGAAAGCUCUAUCCAUUGAGAAGGAAGGAAGACUCUUUGGUGAAGACUGUUGUUACUGUCUGUCAGAGGCAGGGGGCGUUGUUGUAGCUUUUUUUCUUUUAGAGUACCCAUGAAUGUUCUUGUUUAAACAUUAUAGCAGAGCUGUUUUCCUUUGUGUAUGGUGUGCUCCUCUUCCUCCAUGACAGCGUGUCAUUUUUACAGGUCCUCUGUCUUUGUUAAGAGAAUCCUCCUCCUUUCUACUCCCCAUCGUUCUCUCUGUGAUGUUCUUUUACCUUUCUGCCAAUGAUUUAAUAGUCAUGUCGCUCUUCACAUGUGAUGCUUUCAGUGCAUUUUGUGUGGCGUCCCCUCGCCACUGUUCCUUAAAGGGAAGAAGAUGAAGGAUAAACUCACUGGCAGCGCCUUGUUAGUACUGUAUGAUGCCAUUCCAGCCCUAUGCAAACUUUAUUGCAUGCCUUAUAUUUUCCGCAUGUGGCGUGGUAAUCUUAAAGCCUUGUAAUUAUCUACAUCAUGUAAUGAAAUAUCAUUUUCAUCUCCUGAUUAUUUCCAAAUAAAUGGUUGAAUCUUAAAGAA